AUCCACUUUGGUUUCAAUUUCCUAGUUGCAGUGCUCGCUCUCUCUCUCUCUCUCCCUCUUUCUUCGUCUUCUUCUUCGUCUUCCUCCUCCUCUUCGUCUUCGUCUUGACAAGCAAACUAAAUUAAUAACAAGAACAAGGCAGCAAACGAGGAGGAUAACAAAAAAGCAAUAAAAAAAAGAUCAACGACACACAGCAACGGUGCGACGGAAGGUGUGGCUUGUUCAUGUUGGUUUCUUCCAUCCUCGGACAGUACGCCCAGUCCUCCUCGUCCUCGUCCUCCGGCGCCUCGUCCUCGUCCACGAGCACAAGCGACACCAGUCAUCACAUUAGCACCAGCACUACCCACAACCCCGUGUUUGGCAAUCCCGAGUCAAAUCCGCAUCCGCAGAUUGCUGUUUCAGACCAUCCCCACCACCACCAGCAGCAGCAACCGCCAAUGACCGCAGCAGCAGCAGCAGCAGCAGCGUCGAGAUCGUCGCCUGCAGACCGCGAGCGGGUCGUGCACUCGCUGCUGCGUCUGACACGAUGGACGUACUCGCACAGCCGGCCUGCAGACGAGUCCAAGCGGACGCUCGUGCUGCUCUUCCUGCUGUGCGCUGCGUCCGGCAUGAUCUUUGGAUUCACCGUGUCGCUGGGCGGACUGCUCGACCCGAUCAGCGCCGACCUCGACUUUGUCAACUCGACCAGCCACAGCGAGCUGCUCAACUCGGCCACGCUCGUCGGCGGCCUCGCGUUCUCGCCGGUCGCUGGCGUGAUGGGCGACCGGCUCGGGCGCAUCUGGACCACCCUGCUCUGCGGCGUGCUCUCCACGGUCGCCAGCGUCGUCUCGGCCAUCGUCGACGACUUUUGGUUUCUGUGUGCGUGUCGGUUUGUGCUGGGCAUCGGGUCGACCGUGAUCUGCUUCAUUGUGCCCGUGUACGUUGCCGAGUGCGCCCCCGCCAAUUCGCGCGGGCUGCUGAUUGCCGUCUUCCAGCUCUCCAUCAACACGGGGUUUGCCGUGUCGUACGGCAUCCAGCUCAUCCUCAGCUGGCGAUGGGCGCUCGGCGUCGGUGCAGCACCCGGCAUUCUCGUGAUGCUGCUCGUCACGGGAUGGCUGCCGGAGAGUCCUCGCUAUCUGCUCUCCAAGCUCGCCUCGUUCAGCCACCAUCAGCAGCAGCAGCAACGCCGCCGCUCCACCUCUAGCUCCAAGGGUGGCAGAUCGCGCCGACCAUCCAUUUCAGCACCGUCCACCGCGGCGCUCGGGGGCAUUGUUGGCGACGUGCAGCCCGACGAGGCGGCGCCGUUGUUGUUGUCCUCGUCAAACCGGCAUGAUGACCCGCCCGUUGCCAACACCACCACCGCCUUCCUCCACCAUGCAUCGCAAGCUCAGGCAUCGUACUCGUCCAUGGGGCAUUCAGACCGCUUGUCAGAUCCAUCGCAGCAGCACCAAGAAAUUGUUUCCGAGCACCACCACCACACCGUGGGAACGAAAACAGGAACGCGUGUCAAAGUUUCGCAUGAGGGUGCGGCAGCCUCGCGCCCGACACGCACCCACCACACCGACACGAACAGCCGCAGCCAGCGGCACGCGCACGACUCUGCUGCUGCCAGUGAGGGUCUCGCUGUUGCACAAAGCGUUGCCGACGAGGAGGAUGAUCUGUCGGAAGACGAGCACGCAGAUUACGACGACACAUCCGGCUUGCUUGAAUCAUCCAGACACGCCCACGCCUCCACAAAAUCCGCCCGAUCGCAUAGCAUUCAGUCGAUUGGCGCAAUGCCAGACCCAGAGGACCCACAGCGCAAGACCGAUCUUGCCGCAGUCGUCGAAGAAGAAGAUGAGAUUGUCCACUUGACUGCCCGCGAAUUCUUCUCCUUGCUCUCGCUUCGUAGCGUGGUGCUCGGAUUUAUGCUGUGCAUCCUCAACAAUGCCAUUCAAGCGUUGGUGUCCUACGGCCCUCAGAUUUUCAAAGCGGCUGGAUACUCAAACGAGGAUGGCGUGCUGGCCGGCACGAUCUCGGGAGGUAGCUCUGUCAUUCUGUCCCUCAUCAGCAUGCCGGUGAUUCACCACUUCUCGCGACGCUUUCUCGUUGUGAUUACGGCACUUGGUGUGGCGAUCGGCACGUCGGUGAUUGCAGCGGGUUUCCAAUUCCUCGAUCCCGGCAGCAAGCGGCUCGCGCUGCUCAUCACGGGCCAGGCGCUGACGCUUGUGGCUUUCCAGAUUGGCGUUGGACCCCUCUUCUUUAUUGUCGUGCCAGAAAUCUUCCCCCAGAGGAUUCGUGGUGCUGCCACUGGCAUGUUUUCGCUCGUGCUCUCCGGCUGCUCGCUCGCCAUCACCAUCACCUUCCUCACCUCGAUCGACCAGUUCGGCGUUGCCGUUACCUUUUUGUACUAUGGCCUCAUGUUUUUCAUGUCCUUCCUUGGCGUUUGGCGCUUGCUUCCGGAAACCGGCAAUGUCGCAUUGGAGAGUAUCAAAGUCUAAAAGUCUAAAACGAAACGUUGUUGGUUCAUGUUGUGUAUCGCUUGAUAUUAUUUAUUAUUGAAAACCGAAAGCUUUUACCAUGUAGUCGGUU